CUCUUCAGUGCAGCAGAACCUGCUCCUCGGUCCUACCUGUUCCUCGGUCCAACGGUGUCUUUACCGUCUUCUCUCCAUGGCGCUGGCAUCUUUAGUCUUGUGGCUUCACAGCCAGGUGCCUACUGCACAUGUCUCUGAAUCUCUGUUUAUCUCCUGUACUGUGUCCGCAGUCUCUGGUCAUCUCCUGUACUAUGUCCGCAGUCUCUGGUCAUCUCCUGUACUGUGUCCGCAGUCUCUGGUCAUGUCCUGUACUGUGUCCGCAGUCUCUGAUCAUCUUCUGUACUGUGUCUGCAGUCUCUGGUCAUCUCCUGUACUGUGUCUGCAGUCUCUGGUCAUCUCCUGUACUGUGUCCGCAGUCUCUAGUCAUCUUCUAUACUAUGUCUGCAUUCUCUGGUCAUCUCCUGUACUGUGUCCGCAGUCUCUAGUCAUCUUCUAUAUUAUGUCUGCAUUCUCUGGUUAUCUCCUGUAGUAUGUCCGCAAUCUCUGGUCAUCUCCUGUACUGUGUCCGCAGUCUCUGGUCAACUCCUGUACUGUGUCCGCAGUCUCUGGUCAUCUUCU